CAUGAAGAUAUAAACUUAGUAGAUUUAAGCCAAGCAAGCUGUUCUUAUACAUUUAUUGAAGAUUUAGACCAAGAAGAUUAUUUAUCUAAUGAAUAUUCAGAUAAAGAAGAUUAUUUACUUGUUGAAGAUUCAGAUAAAGAAA